AGGUGCGCCGCAAGGCCUCCCUGAGGAAGAACCCGAAAUUCCGCAACGUGAUGCAGCAGGACCUGUACGACGUGCUCGGGUCGCUGUCGGACCUCGCGUCCGCCAGGGGCUCCAAGAUCCGCGGCGACUCGCACGCCCAGGCCCAAGGAGCCGCAGUCACACUGGCGCAGAGGCGGCUGCUGCCGUGGGAGAAGACGGACGAGCAGAUCGGUGCCGAGGCCAAGCCGAACGAGCUCAUCGGAGCGGCAUCUGGUGCCAAGUCCUACAACGCGAGGAGCGGGCGCAUCCUCGGCAUCCUCAGCGAGAUGCACGACGAGUUCAGUCGUGACUUGGGGCUGGCGCAGUACGACGAGUACAUGGCGCUCGUGUCGUUCCAGAAGCUCAGGUCUGCGAAGAUCUCCGAGAUCUACAUCGCGACCGAGACCAAGAAGAGGAAGGAGGUCGAGCUCGCCGAGCUCCUGCAGGCGAUGGCGCAGGCGAAGGAGCAGAGGGAGGAGAUGGCGGCGGCCAAGGAGGCGGACGAGACCUUCCUGGCGCAGAUGCGGGAGGGCUGCCAGAAGGAGGACGAGGAGUACAAGAAGCGCUUCGCCGUGCGCAGCGAGGAGCUCCGGGCCCUGUCCGAGGCCCUGAAGAUCCUCACCGAGGAGGAAGCCCGCGCCACGUUCUCCAGGUCCACGCUGAGCCUGCUGCAGGAGACGGCCGAGAGGAGCAGCCGCCGGGCCGCCUCGUCCGCGCAGGAGCUCGCGUCCCAGCGCGCGAUGGAGCGGAUUGCGAAGGUGGCCAGGGCCCACAAGAAUUGGGCGAUGCUGUCGCUCGCCGUCCGCGUGCGGCUGGACUCUUUCACGAAGGUGAUCGAGAUGAUGGACAAGAUGACCGCGGAGCUCAAGAAGCAGCAGCAGGAAGAGUACGAGAAGCACGAGUUCUGCAAGAAGGAGAUCGACGAGACGGAGGACCUGAUCAAGGUACACACGAACACCAAAGAGACGUUGGACGAGAGGCACUUGGCCCUCACGGACAAGCUUGCGUCUCUCGCCAAGGACAUCGACACACUCAAGAAGGAGGUGGCCGACAUGGAGGUGAGCUUGAAGGACGCUGGCGAGCAGCGCAAGGCCGAAAACGCGCUGUACCAGCAGUCGGUCAUGGACCAGCGCGCCACGAUCAACAUUCUCAACAAGGCCUUAGAUCGACUGAAGAUGUUCUACUCGAAGGAGGCGCUCGUGCAGACGCGCCAGGGCCAGCCCGUCCCCGGCGCGGCCGCCCCGCCGCCGCCCCCGAAGGGCGAGGCCUACGAGAGCUCCGCCGGCGCGGGCGGGGUGCCGCCGCGCUCGGGGCCGGGCCGCGCCCCAGGAAAAGGUCCUGGACGUGUCCGAGAACGCCGCCCAGAGCAGGUACGCGGAGUUCGUCACCGGCGCCACCGCCAGCAUCGAGGCGGACCGCUCGGCGAUCCAGGACAACGAGAAGCUCGUGGCUGCCACCGAGAGCGAGAAAGCCGAGG